UGUGAUCCUGGUAUUAGGAGCAGUUCAAAAACGCCAAAUCCAAGAUGGCGCUGAUCAAAUUUUUAAAUGGCCGGUGUAGAAAUUGAGUAUGAAAUUGAAUUCGAACAUGUGAAUAAGGUGGAAUUCAAUAAAUAAAUCCAUCGAAAGACGAUCGACAAUUGUAGAUUAUAUAAAAAUAAAGUAAUGGAACGUGGAAAUUCUUAACAGUGUAAAAGAUGUCUAAUGUGUUUAAUGAACUUCCUAUAGAGAAUGACAGUUAAUUAAAAUAGCAUUUGAACGUGAAUUUAAACUUUAAAAAUGCUCUACGCGUCUAAAAGAUCAGAAAUGAAGGAUGAACUUGUGAAAAUGGGAAUAUCGCGGAACGUCGAGAUGCUGCAUAUUUUAUCUGCACCGGUUAUUGCGUUACGACACGCAUUCUCUGUAUUAUUACUCUUUUCGUCGUAUUGCCCUGCCAUUCACUCGCUUGUGAAUGUUUAAAAACGAGAUAUGGCUGGCCCUUUCUUUUUUCAUGAUAUUCUAUUAUUCGUGCCAUUUACUAUUCGAAUGAAUGUAAUCUUUCGUGAAAAAUUCAUCAAAACGAUUCAUCCACGGAAAACAUAACCUUAUUCAUGCAUACUAAAUACUCCAUUACGGGGAAUGAAUACUUGUUGCUUAUGUGUAACAUGUUAGAAGUUUCUGCAUUAUUUCCCUCUGAAAAUCGAUUUUUUAUGACAAUCAAAAUUCGUAAAUGGGUUGUUCUGCUAUAACGAUUUUCGAAAUUGGAAUGCAAAUCGAUACCAGGAUGAAGAGGCAAUCUGAUGGAAUACCUGGCGUAUUUACCUGUACAUACACAUUGCAAUUUCAGCAAGUAAAGAUGGAAAGAGAUAAGAUAAUAAAGCAACAAAAAUGUUUACUGAAAUCAAAUAUAAUUAUCGCUUCUAAUAACGUCGCCUUCGAUUUCUAGAUUCUAUCAGGAUUUCAGAAUAUGUACUUAGUAUCUAAUGAAAAUCAUGAUGCUCUGAACGUUGCCUAACAAGAUUAUAAUCAAGAGAUAAUAUGAGGGACGAGAUAUCAAUAUUUUUAGUAGUCGUUCUCGCGAUUGGAGGUCUACUGAUGAUGAGCGCAUUGUUGGCCUGUUAUGCGUGUAUCUUUCGAGAUCUGUGUUGUAGACCAGAGGAUAGAUCAAAGAGAAGACGUCCUCAAAGUCCUCAUAAUGAACCUGAUGACCCGAACAGGCCCAGAUGCGAUGCCAUGCUCUUGAAUGAUAUUACACAAGGAGAAAGCAUGCCUACGGAAUCUGAGAAAGUUUAAUUAAAUGAAAGAAUUCCAAUAUGAAAUUAAUAUUUAUGCCUGACGAUGAUGAUAGGGGAUGAUUAAUUAAUAAAAUGAAUGUGUCUUUCACCGUUAAUGAGUGUACAUACAAAGCAUAAACAGAAAUAAUUGGACUUUUAUUUCAAGUUUCUAUGUUGCAAAUCAAUGCAUUAUGUACAUAUUCAAAUACAUUCAUACAUAUAUACAUACGUUAUGUAUCAUAUAUAUAUAUAUGCAGCGAAUUUUAUGUAAUAAAAAAAUCUCUGAUAAAAAUAUUUAACAUCAUCUGGUUGCCAAUAAACGGCUAGCCACGUUACAUGGCUACAUCUACAUCUACAUUAGUAUAUAAAAUAAAUUUGUAUUUAUA